CCAUCAGCGGGUUAUUGCGGCCUUCAACAUCGAACGAUGCGGAUGGGAUGAGUAGUCACGGGGUCGACCGUUAUGGGCUAACGAACAGCUUGCUUUCGCCUUUUCGGAUGACUCGGAACCCUCUAUUUCUUGACUGACUCCCCUUCUUGCUGUGGCAGUUACUGGGAUGCCGGCUGCAGUUUCGGUGGUCGUAAGGAGAAAGCCCCUACUGUCGAGCUGUGUUUCCGUGACGGUACCCCUAUCGGAAUCGCCAGCUCCACGGACCUGCCGUGAUUGCUGCAGUAAAGCUUGGUUUGCUGAUCCCACCAAGCCAGCUGGCCUCGCUACACCACUCACUGCCGGUGAGGUUGGGGUUCACACAAAAGGCCCGCAGGAGAAAUCAGUCAUCAUCCCUCUCCCCGUUUCUCGCACCAGAUCUUUACACAGGAUACGUUUCAACGACUUUCUUGAGCUUAUCAGCCGCCUUCCACUCCCCGCCAACCUUGAUAUUUUCUUCCACAUCGAUGUUCCUCAGCAUCUCCCCGCAACUUGGACCCUCACUGGCGUCAUCUCUUUCCGGCUCGCUAUUUUCAGCCACAUCCAGAUGGUAAGGUCUCACCACUCCGGAAUCCGGUCUUCGUGGAAGCAUUAUAGCCCUGAGCUCGUCUCCGUGACGGUGCUUUGAAGCAGGUACGUUCCUCUGUUUAACAGAAAAGCAAACAUAUGGCUAAAGUCCAGCUAUUCUGCUCCGUUCUGUCCCCUUUGACUUGUCCGGGACUGUCGAAACGGCUCAAAAUCACUGUCUAGAUUGUAUUUUCUUUCCAUACAUGGUUGAUUAACUUGUACGAAACCGUCCUUCUGAUUCAGUUUGCAGCUUGUUUCUGGAUAUUCAAAGUUUCAAGUUACUGGUACAUCACUGGCAUCUCCAUCUGACCACAGCU